UUAAACAGCAAAUCCUAGGUAAGUAAGAAAAAAAAGGAAGACCUUUUUUAACCUCGUAUUAUUAGUGAUCAUGGAUCACAACCCUCCAAUAAUUUCAUCUAAUCACUUUGAUUAUGAUAAUUUACUACUUGAUGAUGAUGAGCUACUGCAUCUAAUCAGUAGUGUUUUCCCAGCAACAACCCCACAAAUUGAUGAUGUUUCAGCUGUGCUUGCUCCUUCAAUUGAAAACCAGUUAUUAAGUCAAGAUAGUACUGUAAUGGUUAGCAACCCAAUUCAUAGUUCUCAGCAGCAGGAAGAACCAUCUCAACAUAUUAAUGUAGCUUGUCAGCAGCCUGUUGAGUUUAAGUCCACAGCCCCAACAACAACAACAAGAAGCAAGUGUGCCGGAAAGAAGAAAUCGAAUUCGAAGGCCGUCGAAAUUGAACGGAAAAGAAGGCAAGAUAUGACCACCCUCUAUCAUGAUCUUCGCUCGUUACUUCCUCCUGAAUAUCUCAAGGGGAAGCGGUCUACUUCAGAUCUUUUGCAUGAGGCUAUGAGCUAUAUAAACACCUUGCAAAAAAGUAUAAAAGGUUUAAAUGAUAGCAAAGAUGAAUUACUGAGGAUAACGCCAGCUGAAAGUUCUAGCAUUAAUAAUCAUAAUUCCAACCAGAAUUGUAAUGUGAAAGUGAAGGCUUGCAAAGAAGGAUUUAUAGAAGUUAUAUUCAGUACACGUGCUUUGUAUGAUGAUGAUGAAAAAAAUCAGAACUUUCGUCUUUCAAAAGUGCUACAUAUACUGAACAAAGAAGGGUUAGAUGUGAUCAAUUGUAUUUCCUCUAGAGUUCAUGACGAUAUGGUUCACACCAUACAAGCUCAGGUCGAUGAUGGGAGGGGAAUUGAUCUCUGUCUACUGCAGCAGACAUUAACAGAUUGCGGCAUAUGAUUUAUUGUAAUGUUAUUAUAUUAUAAACAAUAUUAUAAGGAUAUCAUUGUACCUAUUAAAUAUUAAUACUUUAGCCUAAAGUGUUAAAUCAUUAUUUUGGCUUAUAGUUGUUGGGACUAG